UCCAGAUUUAAGGUUAUGGAAUAUGUAAGCUCUCUGAUGUAGUUCGAAAAUAGAAAAAAAUAUGAUCUUAAAUACGUACAAGGAUCAUUUAUCACUUUUACCGCAUCGAGCGUAGCGUCCUUAUGUUGCUCAGAAGAAGGCAGUUCUUCUAAAGUAUCUACAGAUCUCAAAACCUGGAUUUAUUUGAUGCUUUCCAAAGAUUAAACCAUCAUGGCAGUUUGGAAUGAUGGCUUUGACUUCCCCACAGAGCUCUGCAACAAACCACAAGCACUAGUUGGCAUAUCAGGCAUUGAUGUAGCAAAAAAUGUUUCUGAUCGUGAGGUUUGGGAAGCCCUGAGCAAUAACAGAGCUACAAACAGAGCACUCAUUAAUUUUAAGUUGUUAGGACCCCAACAUGGAUUUCCUCCAAUGAAACCCAAAAGAAAUACAUAUGACUGGUACAUUCCCAAAGGCAUCUUGAAACGAAACUGGAUUAUCAAGCAUCUUCAAGAGUUGCCUGCAGUUAAUGUUUUAUUCUUUCAUCUGGAUUGGGAUGAUCCAAAUUUUGCAGCUAAGAAACUUGACUGUGCUAAUAGGCUGCAAAGUAUACGUGGAGCCUUGAAGGGCAGACUAACACGGCUUGCCGUUGUUCUUAUCCAGAGAACUGCUCCUGUGGCUGGAGAGGACCCUUCUGCUGCAGAUAAGGCUAAUGCCCUCUGUACAGCUUGUGAAUUAAAUCCUAAAUGUUUGUUUGUUCUUCCACUAGGAGACCAUCUUCAAGGAUACAUUUUGAGACUGGAGAAGGCUUUUUUGGAGCUAGCCCAAGGCUAUUACCAUCAUGCUAUUCGAGCAGUCAAGUCACACAGAGACCAACUGAAUAAAACCACUCAGCAGUAUCUCAUGGUGCGGCACUUAUUUAAAAUAGGGUUUUUGUCAGAGCUGAAACAAGAUUCUCACAAUGCUCAUAAGAGUUACGCUCAAGCCUAUAGCCAGCUUUUGGAUUUACGAGUUGCUGAUACAAAUGCUAUGGAAGUAAAAACAGUUGCUGGGCUCAUUAAUUACAAAAUAUGUAGAAUUCUUUUCUUUCAAAGCAUGCCACGAGAUGCUAUUGCCCAAUUUAGAGCACACUCUGAGGCAUUUAAAAACCGUGAAGGCCACAAAGAUCUUGUCUUUGAACACUAUGGAUGGUUAGCAAAACAGUAUUGGGUAUUUGGAGAUUUAUUUGAUGAAGCAAUAAAGCAGGGUGUUCAAGCAGUGCAGACACAGCAUCCAGGAUUUUACUAUCAGCAAGCAGCACAAUUUGCAAUCCAGAGGAAGCAAUCAUGUGAACUGCUAUGCCAAAAUGUUACGACCUACCCAGAACCAGAUCCACUCACUGGUGUGGACACAUUAGAAUUUUUUGGACAGAGACCUUGGCGACCUGGAAGUUUAAGUGUGGAACCAAUUGAUCCUAACCGAGAAAGGGACGGAAUCCUAGCUUUACAGUUUAGGGAAAAAAUUGGUGUGAACCACUCAAGCCUCAUUAUUACUUUAUUUGGCAUAGCCAUUUCACAGUUUAAAGCUUUUCGCUGUCCACGGAUGAGAAGACAGCUACUAGUGCAGAUGGCAGAAGAAUAUUUUAGUGCUAAAGAUUAUGGGAAAGCACUCACUGUUUUGACUCACAUGCUAUGGGAUUAUCGGUCUGAGAAAUGGUGGAGAUUAUUGUCUGCUAUUCUACUGAGAGCAUUGGGCUGUGCCUAUUUAACUGCAGGACUCCAGGAUUAUGUGACAUUGUCUCUUGAAGCUUUAGGAGAUGCUGCUCAGCUCUCCCUUCAAGACAAGACAAGAAUUUUUCAAAAUCUCAAUAAAAUCUUGAAGAGGCAACUUCCUGAUCCAGAACCAGGAUUGUCAAACAUUGAUUUACCUCAUGCUAAAGACUUGUGGACUGCAAGCUGUGCAUCAGCAGAUCCUCCAUUUGUCACUGUGGAUAUGAGCAAUGUCGCAUCCUGUGUUGAAAGCAAGGCACGCUUCACAAGUACACAAUCACAUGUUGACAAACCUGUGUUGAUUGAAGUGUUUGUUAAAAGUGCCUGCCCACACUCAAUCAAGUUUUCAAAGUUACUGGUCACUGUAACAACGCCAAGCAUGAGCACAGAACUUCCUGCAUCAAUUAUGGGAGCCACUGAAGAUGAUCCCCUGUUAUUUGAAACAAAUACUGUUAAGGUAUUUCUGUGUCAGUUUAUUCCAGAUCAUCGAGAUGUAGGAAGUGAAAUUCAAAUUACUUCUAUUCUGUUACAUAUGGGCUCAGAAGGAGACCGAAAUAUUAUUUUGAGAUAUUCUUGUGUGAGCAACGAAUCUGGUGGAGCAGAUGAUGUCUGUCCUGAGCUGCAGCAUUUUAGACCGACUCCAAUCAAAUCAAUUAAUUUUGACAGUAUUCGUAUUCAGUCAACUACUCAUCUUGUACCACGGACUUCCCUACUUGAUGUGUCUAUUCAACACGACACUCCUGCUCUCCUUGGUGAAUGGUACAAGGUGCAUAUCGAAAUGCUGAACAACGAGCAAUACAACAUAUCAUCUCUGAGCCUUGAUAUAGCCCUGAUUCCAAGUGUGGAUGACCCACACCAGGAACUUACUACUCAGUUAUGCAAGGAUGUGUCAGGAGAAUUGGUCUCUCUCCCAAUGCAGUUGUUAAUUGGUGAUUUGGCUGUUAAUUCUAAAAAAGAAGUUUGUUUUUAUGUUAGAGCAUUGCGGUUGAACACACGCAAUCUUCUUAUUAAGGCAAAAUACUUGAUGCUUGAUGCGGCAUUGGGUAACAAUGCAGAGUCUUGGAACGCAAGUGAUAAAGUUGUUACUAUAUCAGUUGUAAAACCUUUUGAUGUUUUGACCAAAUUCGUAUCUUUACAACUUGAUCCUUUGACUAAAGGAGUUGCUCUUGAGCCUCUAAUUGCCAUGCCUCACACAGAGUGUCUAUCACCAUGGCCUAUAGUUAUUCAUAACUCAUCCUUUGAGCUGGCACCAAAUGUUAGUUUGGUUGAUGAAACAUUUAUUUCUCAACUUCAAGGUUUGGAAUUGCAAAAAGGAGAAAUGGCUGCAGAAGCUAGUGUACUCACUGUAAGUCAACCAAGUGAUCAGCCAGUUCAUGUGGGAACAUAUCAAUUGCAAUGGAGCAGAAAGGGUCAAGAGCAUAUGAUCACAAGUAGCACAGUAACUUUACCGACUCUGAGAGUGGAAAAUGCCCCCAUUUAUGUGGAAAUGGUUCUUCCUGCUCAUGGUUGGGUGAGAACACCAAUGGCAGUGUCAUAUCGCAUUCAUAAUCACACAUCUCGCUUGAUAGAUGUUGAUUUAAGUAUGGAAGCAAGUGAUGCCUUCAUGUUUGCUGGUCAUAAACAGCUACAACUGUGCCUAUUACCAGAAUCAGUUCGUACAUUGGACUACAAUUUGUAUCCCCUCUUGUCUGGGUUGGUAGCUUUGCCUCGACUAUGUCUCUCCCUAGUCAAAGAGGGCCAGUUAGAACUUCCACCCGCUGCUCUUGCAGAACUUCUCCAGCGUUGCUUACCGACUCAUGUCUAUGUUAUGCCGCAAGCAAAAGGAAAAUCUUCAAACUCUCAAAUACCAGUACCAUCAUAAAGAUAUUACCAAACUACUGCCUAAUAGUGAACAAUAAAAACUGUUAAAAGAAAAUAUUUUGGAGGAAUAUGAAUGUAACUUUGUGAUGAGGCAAAAAUCAUCACAAAAAUUUACUCCAAAAAAUAUGAAUUAUAUCAUUUUGUUACUAG